AACCGUACAAAACAAAAGACAUUCUAUAUUUUGAUUCUCCGCCACCUGUCGGGCACAGUUUUUCUCAAGAAAUUGCGUCAUAAUUCAAACGACACGUGUCUCGUUUGUUCCAUGUUAACGAACAUCAUUUUAAAUGAAUAGGCUAGUUUCCAAACCGACAUAUGGAAAUGGUGAGUAUUAUUACGAAGAUCCUUUCUCAUCGUCACUGAAGAUAAUGCAAGAAAAAAGCACCAGUCUUCUACGGCCAAGUUGGAACAAAACCGAUUUGGAAAUCCCUGUGGAUUAUCAACAACUUUUCAAGCAACAAUCAGAUCUAGACAUAAUACAGUUUGAAGAAAAAUACUUGCCACAAAAUGCCACUGACAAUGAAAUCUUUUUUAAAUUCACACCUACUGUCCCCAAACUGGAUGAUCCAAGCACUCUGGGAUUCUCAGAAUUGUGGGAGUUUAGCCCUGAAGUUUUGUCAACCAAAGACCUGCAGAUUACAAAGUGUGAACCUUUUGGAAACCUCAUCUAUGAGGAGACUAGUCCAGCCAACAUUUUUUACGAAAGAGCAAAACAAAUUCCUUCUCAACCACUACAGUUUGAUGAUCCUCUGAAAAUGAACCCAUCACCCCUACUACCUGCUAUAUCAGCUGACAAUUUUUCCCCCCAAACUUGCCUUUCACUAGGCAACCUAAAAGUGCCUUUGAAGGAUAUUCCUUAUCCUGAAACACCCUCUUGCGAUUACUUAUUUGACCUCGCUCGUCAAGUUCAGGAUCUAAACAUUGUUCCCGACGUGAAAGUUAUUGAAAACAAACUCGAAGAUCCUAGAAAAGAAAUGAAUGAAAAACAACAAGAGGCAUUCCUAGUAGCAAAUACUAACUUGGAGGUAUACCACCUAAAAAAUUUAUCUAAAAUAACCAUUGAUUUAUCCGAUAAAUAUUUUCAGAUCACAGGAAACCAGAACAUGCCGGAAGAAUUUGGUGUUAUACCUGUUGAACGUGUAAUUGCCGAAUUACCAGGCUUUGCAGUCAGUUCGCUUAAACUAAUGGAAGCCCAUCUCUAUGCGUGUUUACAAAUUUUGAAAGAGACCAACUCUCCUGUGAUUGGAGAUUUGUUGAAAGAAUCAUCAACCCUUGCUGAACUGGACCCAAAAACGACACGUCUAUGUCUCUUAAAAUUACAAAAAGAGAUCACUAAAACUAAAUUAGAUUCUGGACAAGACCACAAUGGGAAAGAAUUGAGAAAAAUACUACCUACUUUACUCAGCUUACAUGGCAUAAACAAGGGGCUCGACUUGUUUUUGAAUAUAGAUUACGAAAUUGCUUACGGAACACUUGCAAAUUUCGAAAAAACCCAUGAAACAGUUCUUGAAGGUGAUUACAAAUCGUUAAUAAUGCAACUCCUACGACUACGUCCCAAAAAACUGGAAGCGUGGCAUCCUAAGUUGGCAGAACUGAAAGGGAUUGUAAUACGUCAUCUCAGUGAAGAUAAAACUAAUCGCAAAAUCUGGAUUCGUCUUUACCGUUACUCAAGUUUGCUAGCCGAACGCAUUGAACGUCUGUUCACCGAUGUGGGCAUCCAGUGCGAAGUUGAUACGCGAAUUGGGAGUCCAGAAUCCACACCUUUUUUACCGAAUGGUAGCAGUCCUAUCAUUGUUGCAGAAAAAGUGUCCGAAAACUUCCCGACUAGCUUGUUAUCUCUCAUCAUCCAUUAUGAAUGGUCAUCGACGUGGCCCAUGGAAAAGCACUGGCAAUCUGCUAACGUCACUCAAAUAGCAAUAGAGAUUAAUAGACCGGUUCGUCUAGAGCAACAAAGCAUUCCUGACCAGCAAACCUGUCCAGUGUCAAUUUCGACCCCAACUCGUCAUCCCGGUCUUUCUUCUCCUAAGGAAAUGGAAGUUGAUAGCUCCGUUGAAGACGACUCUGAUGCCAGUAUGGAAAGCGAAUCCACUUUUAAGCAUAACAAAGAAAAAUCUACAACCAACCUUACACAAGAGUCUCAUCUUAGUAUUCAGGAUGGAACAGGUAUCCAGGUUCUCGACCAGUCUUAUGCUGUAUCUCAGAGUCAUAUCGAAGAACAACAAAAUAUGGAAAAAGGUUUGAGUCAGAGUCCAAAUAAGGAUUCGAUCCACGUAAGCAGUCCGGCUUCAGUUAUGCAAAAUAAUACUGACAAGUCGUCAUCCGCUGGAUCAACCGAUUCGGUCCUUCCAGUAAUUGUAUCUGCACAUCUCAAGAAUAAUGUGGAACUCAUGGAGGCUAUCGAUGCGGACGGACACCUCGUAGUAUAUGACUGCGAUUACGAAUUCUUAGGUUACAGCGCUAAAUAUCAACCCGAUGUCCUGAUUAAUGCAGAUACGGCAUUGCUAAUCAUUCAUGAACAGGAAAAAUUUGAAGAAACCCGUUUAAGAGUCUUGACAACCAGUUUCAAAUGCACAAAAUGCUGGAUAGUCGUAUUGGCGCCAGGUGUUAUCAGCUCUUCUAAGCCGCCUUUGCAAUGGCACUCACUUACGGGGCUGGUCCGUUUCUAUGAGAAAAAGGAUCGUAAAAGACACGAGACUCGGUUUCACUUAAAACUGCGCAUAGCUGUCAACUAUCACCAAGUGGCUUUCAUUAUGAAAGACAUUGCAGAGGACGAGAUCAUCCAAGACAUCGAGUCUCAUCUGCAGCCCUUGAAUGACGAUGCCAAAUUGUUGCUGCAUUUUCCACAACUAAAUGCCGUCACUGCAUCCUUAAUCGCGCAGCACUUUAGCGCGAAAGAACUACUUUCGCUAUCCGUCGAAACUCUCUGCGAUCGGAUUCCAAGUUUGCGCCAAAGAAUCAAAAUCGUUCGCUAUUUCCAUGAAAUGAGUAGUAAAGAAGAUGAACUGCAAGUCGAGGACGUGGAACAAAACUCAUCUUUUGGCCAUCUUAAACACGAUCAACCCUGGCAUCUAGAGACAGAAAGUCUGGGGGAAUGUGGGUCACGUCAGUUGCCAACGCCAAAAAAGAGAGCCAAACUGGACAGUGACCAUCCGGAAGAAAUGGGCACGCCUUUUAGCGCUAGUCAGCUUCGAGACAUGUGGUGCUCUCCUUCCCCUAGUCGACCGGUAUAACUUUAUUCCUUGGUAAGAAGUUUUCUUUUUUGGGUUUUCUAGUUCAAGUUUAUGCGUAUUAGUCACUCGCUUCGAAGAAGUGUGGUAAGGUCGAAAAAGUACAUUUGUAGUUCGCUUCGAUUAAUAUUCCAGUUUUCGUAAAUGUCGUUCAUAACCGUGAAAGGUUAUUUGUUUUAAAAACUCCGGCACACUGAACAAAAUGGGAAGAAAGGGUAUGAAUUUAUUUUCUUUAAAAAAUUCCGAUUAUUUUCCCUUAAAAUUAAACAAAAACUGUCGAUGUUUGCGUACAAGCGUAGCCUUUACAGCCAUUUCUCCAUCCAUUAAUAUAAACUCAAGCAUAGUUCUUAUUUUGCUAUUGUUUUUCCGUAAUUACUACGCCAAUAUUCACAAUGAAUCAUCCUGGCAUAUCCAAUGGCAAUAAUGAUAAAGACCUUUGCGUGUUCGAUGAUGACGAAGAUUUACCACCACUAGGGCUUUUCUAUAGCUGUUUCCCUUGGCUAUUGAACCUCUGGCUGUCUAAAACACGACGCCCAUUCACUAAAGAAGAGACCACAAAACCGAGAAACCUUCCAAAUUCUUUGAAAGAAGCGUCAUACGCUCACGCUGAGUAAUUUGUCCUUUCCGACAAGACAUGCCCAUUUGAUAACAACCUGUUCUCACAGGUUUGCACUGAUGUCAACCUAAUUCUCAAACGAUUACACAAAUAAAUAAGGUUAAGCAAA